CACAACUUCCUGCUAUGUCCCAUUGUUUCCCCUGCAGGAUGAGGUCCUCAUUUGAGUUACUUCUCUUUUAGGGGACAGAGAACAGAUGAGGAAAAAUACUGUGAGGAGACAGCAAACUCGGAACUGAUGAAGCGGCCUCCUCAGCCAAUGUUUGCUCUUCUCACGAGGAAAAGGAAAGAGCAAUGAUUACAAAUACAUGGAAAAACACAUAUCUCAGGACACUGUGCAUUGGAGUCAGAGAGCAGAGGGGGCAGCUAAUGUGUAACUUAGGUUAGGCAAUCAGGGGGAUAAAAUAGGAGCACAAAUUGUCACUUGGAGUCAGAUCCUGAGCGCAGGAAACGGCAGGAGAUCCACUUCACAAGACAGUGAGUGUGAGAGAGGUGUAUAUACUCAUUUGCAGACCUUAUAAUUGUUGAGGGGAAAAUGAUGCAAAAGGGAGUAUCUAAAUAGCACUGUUAUUCAUAUUAUUAUUUCACCCUGUUGGUAGGAAAUAAGUGUCUAUCCUUUUCACAAAUUCAUAUGUGUUACAGUUUGACGUCCCCCCCAACAGAGGUUCCUUAAUAAUGCAUUUAUACAAAUGUAUGUUGAGACCACACAUGGAAUACUGUGCACAGCUCUGGCUGCUGCACCUCAACAAGGGAUGUAGCCAUGGCUGCAACUUGGAUAGCUUAAAAAAGAGAUUUAGAUAGGUUCAUGGAAUAUAAGGCUAUAAAUAGUUGUGAUGGCAGCCUGCCUUGGAAUUUCACUUGCUGGGGAUCAUGAGUAGGAGAUGCUGUUCUGCUCAUGUCCUGACGGUGGCGCUAUGGGCUUCCCAGCAGAAUCUGAAUGGCAGGAGUCAUAAGAGAAUGCUGGACCAGUGAGACCUUGGAACUGAUCCACUAGGAUUCUUCUUAUAUGCUCUAAGAUAAUGUGUGUGCCUUAUUUUAUGUCCUAAAGCUAACAAGGUUAAUUAUUAUUUUUCUCUAAGAUGGCAAGAAACAGGUUAGCUUAGUGCAGUACAUUAAUUUGCAACAUAUACCUUUGCAGCCAUAAGGUAGAAUCAACAUUUUGCAGAAGUCAAGGGCUAACUCCCCUAAUAAUAAUAAUAAUAAUAAUAAUUUAUUUAUACCCCACACAUCUGACUGGGUUUCCUCAAUGGCCCUUGAGAUGUACAGAUUGCAAAUAAAUGUAAAGAGAGGUAGUAAAAAUGGAAAGGAAUUAAAUAUUUUAACACCUAUGUGAAGUUAGAUGAAAUAGCCAAGAAGCUGAUUGAAUUUUUUUUAUUUACUGUGGAUGUUCAGUACAGUCAUGGGAAGAGAGAAAAGGAUGGUGUCAGAAGAGGUGAAAAGGCUGUGGUCUUCAGUUAGGAAGAGUCCUGCGAUGAAGUGUGGGAUGUUCUGAGUGGGAAAUUGUUGUGGUGCUCUUGGUCUUUAUGCUAUCAGUCUGAGAAAGAUAACCAAACCUUACUCAAAAGCUGAGACCUGUGCAAGAAAAAGGAGGAAAACAUCCUGGUUAUCUGCAUAACGAAAGAUUCUCAGCCGACAAAAGUAACUAGGCUGCUUCAUGCAUUUAAAAAUAAAUAAAUGGCAUCUUGGAUAGAAAAGGGCUGCAGAGUUGUAAUUCUGACCUUACCUCAGAGGUCUGACAGAUUCUCUACCCUGCCUUAGUGGCCACAGAAGGGGCUCUGAGGAUCAUCUAGUAACUAGUUCAAGGCAGGAAUAUGCAGCUGUCCCAUACGGGGAUCAAACCUGCAACCUUGGUGUUAUCAGCACCACACUUUAACCAACUGAGCUAUUAGGCAUGGAUGUCUGCAGGAGAAGCCCUGUGUAUAUGGGCCUCUGCCCACAAUGAUCAGUGUUCCAGAGCGUGUAGAUGGAGUGGCUCCUUAUACACUACAAAAAAAAGUGUUGCAACAGGGGUAGGGGAAUGAAGACUCAGAUUUACAUAAAACAUUGUACAAGCUAAUGUAGAGAUGCAAGUUUAGAAAUAGUUCUUCUAAUUAAAAUAGAAAUGUGGCACAUCUCAUCAUAGGAGGAAGACUACGACCAGAUGUCCUAUGUACCGGCUGACCCUGCUGUGCAACUUCAGGGUCCCUCCUCUGUGCUCAGAUUUGUUUAUUUUUUUAAUCUUUAAACCAGACUUGGCCUGGACAAGUCUUCAAACAAAGGACCAUAUUCAGGUUCUAGCUGGUACUAACUGGCCCGACCAUCUCUGCUGGAUGAUGCAAGGGCACAGCACUAACAGAGAUAUUUUGGAAAGGGUCUUCUCUUUUCAAAGGUCAUAUUAAACUACUGCCAGAUGGGACAACAUAAAGCAGGAUGUUUUUAUAUGUACUGUAAGCCUCCCAGAGGGGCUGGGAAAAUAAUUUUUUAUUAUUAUUAUUAUUAUUAUUAUUAUUAUUAUUAUUAUCAUCAUCAUCAUCAAGGAUUGUGAACCAGCUGCAGCUGCCAAGUGGUUUGAGGAAAUAAUAGAAAUAGUAUUAACCAAACAGUAUUACCAUUGAAUCUCUUGGGAAAUUUCUGAGAAUACUGAAUUUCAGAAUAUCUGGAUUUUUGUACAUAAUGUCCACAUAAUGUUGAAUAUAUUUGUUCUAGGCAUUUUGCAUCUCCAACAACAGUCAGUAAUUUCUGGUUUUUGUAUACCAGUGAGUAAUUUAUAAAAAUGUUCUUAAAAAUUCAUGCAUAAAUUAAAAAGGGGAAUUUAAAAAAGCAAAGAGAUGCAGCUCUUACCCAUUGCGUAGGUGACCAGGUUUCACUAUUGCUUUGAGUACAGAAAGUCACAAGUUCAUUCUUGUACAGCCUACAUAAAUAAGGAUAAUAGAAUCAUAGAGUUGGAAGGAGUCCCAAGGGUCAUCUAGUCCAACCCCCUGGAUUUCAGGUCAUAGGGUAAUAAUAAUAAUAAUAGUAUUCAUCAUCAUCACCAUCAUCAUCCCUUCUGAGAUCUUUAGGACUUGCUGCCAAAUAGCCAGUUAUGAGCUAAAUAGACCCAUGGCGUGAUUCUUUAUAAGACAGCUUCAUAUUUUCACAUGAUUCCUGGUUGAGCAGGAAAAGGAAGAAAGCUUACAGCAUCUAGUAGUUGUGAUAUAGAAAGCAGCCAGAUUCCCAGGUUCUAAAGCAGAGGUUCCCCUUGUUUUUCAGGCCACUAUCCCCUUGGUUCCAUAAACUCAUCCCCAGUGCUCCCUACCCUACCCUACUCUACCCUACCAUAUAAAAAGCAUUAUUCAGAAUAGCAGCCUGCACUGGGGAAGUUAACAACACAAUGAAAGUCAAGACAGUUAACAAUUAAUUGCACAUUUCUUCAUAAUCCAAUUAAAACUAUUUGGUUUGAUUAUUUCAAUAAAACCGAUGAGCUUGAUCCAAUGAUAGUCUUUUGCAUCUCCAGUGCCCCUUUUGGGAACCACUGAUCUAAAACGUGACUCAAAUACACCAUGUGAUCAGUCAGUUACAGCUUUUUUGCAUAGUAACCCUUAGAUCUGAUUGUGGUUUUGUUAACUGAUACGGGUGAGCACAGGCCUUUUAAUCUCAGAGUCUGGGCCAAUAAGCCUAGCAAGCCACAGACUAGAAGCAUUUCCACCCAGGGCAGAAGAUGGGAGGUACAAAGUACCUCCCGUUAACUGGUUGUGGCUUGAGUAGCCAUUUUACCUGGCAGAAAUAAAUGCUUGGCAAACUCACAAAACCUCCCUUUGUUGCUUUUUUCCUUCUUCAACAGACAUCGCUGAAGUUGCAGUCAAACAUGAACCCCGGAGUGAGUUUUUUGUGCUUCCUUCUCUGCAUUACCAUUGUGGGCUGUGACCGGGUCUACGUCCACCCAUUCUAUCUGUUCGACGUAGGAAACCUAACUGGUUGCAAGAAAGUGGAAGACAGGGAACAGCAGGUGAAUAAUUUUGUCCCCGUCUCAAAUUUAUCUCACAUCAGUUCGGCCCAUGAGGAGGGUGUCAGAAACAAGAGCGAGGGAAGAAGUCAUUUACGGAGAGAGCUGAGAGACCCAAUUUAUAUUAUUGGUGCACGUUUCUAUGAACAACUGAGGAAAAUGCACAAGGAAGAAAAUAUUCUUCUGUCCCCCACAUUCAGCUACGAGUCCUUGCUAGCCUUCUAUAUAGGGGCCUCUGGUGAAACAGCAAAGGAAUUGCAGAUUUUUUUAGGAUUUGACUCCUCAUCCGUUAAUCCAAACUGCACCUACAGAAUUGAUGGGCGCAAAGUAUUCUCUGUACUGAGCAGCAUUGCUAAAAGUCCAUUUCACUCAAAAGAAGAUGAUCAGCUGUUCUUCGCGAAGUUCUCCUGGCUUUUCUCUGCCCCCGAAAUCCGUUUAUCCGAGUCCUUUGUCAAUGAUUUGGUCUUUCCAAACAUGAAUCUCUUCGUACGAGCUGUGGACUUUACAAACCCCACAAAGGCAGCAGAAGAAAUGAAUGCUUUUGUCAAAGGCACCCACCAAAGUAAGAGUUUGCUGGCAGACAUUGAUCCAGAAACUAACCUCCUGUUAGCAACUUACACUCAUUUCAAAGGUAAGUGAGCAGGGAGAAUUCCAACUUGUUGAAACCAGUAGCAAUUCUAUAGGGAAUCAAAUUUUCAUCAGGUGAACUGAAUUUAUGUACCCCAUAAUGCCACGCUGUUCACUUUUUGAGUAUUAAAUCUUCUAUUCUAACGUGGGAAAUCCUCUAAUGCAUGUCUGGAAAUUUAUAUCUGUACACUUACAGGUAAGUCCAUGUCUUUGAUGGCUUGCACAUGCUUCCCUAAGACUGUGCUAAUGUAAGAAUUGCCCAGCAAGGUUUUACACCAGCUGUUUUCAAAGAUGGACAGCUAAAUGUCAUAGGCAAUAUCACAUGCAGUAGCUACUGCCACAGUUUGUCUCUGGCACAGGAAGUCAAAGCCUUGUAGUAUACUGCUCUGCAGAUUGAAUUUCUGUUCCCGCCUACCACAGGAAAUAGAUAUUGAGGGAGCAAGAAUUGAUUUCAUCUGGUUUAAAGGACAGAAGCAAUUCCCAUAAAAAUUAUUUCAGUCAAUAUCUUGCGGCAAUGAAAUCAGCCUGUCUGCUGUGUUAUGUGGACAUGUGUGCACGCACAUUGAUAUUUUCAUGAGAAGCCUUCAGUGAGCCACUCUCUCUACCUUUCCCCCAUCUUUCAAAGCAACAAUAGCUAAUCAGCAGUAGGGAUGUGCAAAUAGGUGAGGAAUCUGUAGUGUGCUCCUAUAACAAUACGCCUUGGCUCACACAACAGCCACUGGAAAUUCUUGGAGCAUCUAACGGGGCUCCAAAGUCUACUGAAAAAGAAAAAAGCUUCUAAACAGUCCAAGUGCAUACUUAAAGUUUCUAGUAGGUUUGCAGAGUCAAUGGUUUUUUUUUUUGUUUCUUUUUACACAGCACUAGGUGUAUAGAAGGGACACGGGUGGCACUGUGGUCUAAACCACUGAGCCUCUUGGGGUUGCCGAUUGGAAGAUCAGCGGUUCGAAUCCCUGCGACGGGAUGAGCUCCCGUUGCUUGGUCCCUGCUCCUGCCCACCUAGCAGUUCGAAAGCAUGUCAAAGUGCAAGUAGAUAAAUUGGUACUGCUCUGGUGGGAAGAUAAAUGGCGUUUCCAUGUGCUACUCUGGUUUCGCCAGAUGCGGCUUAGUCAUGCUGACCACAUGACCUGGAAAAACUGUCUGUGGACAAACAUCAGCUCCCUCAGCCAGUAAAGCGAGAUGAGCUCGCAACCCCAGAGUUGGUCGUGACUGGACUUAACUGUUAGGGGUCCUUUACCGUUUUCAGGUGUAUAGAAUAAGAGGGUCCUCAAGAUUCCUUAACUAAAAAUCAUAGAAUCAUAGAAUUGUAGAGUUGGAAGAGAACCCAAGGGUCAUCUAGUCCAACCCCCUGCAAUGCAGAAAUCUCAACUAAAGCAUUAAAAGCAAUAAGCCCAAUUCAUUGAAGUAGCGUUAGUGUGUAACUGACUUUUGCAUCAAUUAAUUGUUCCACCCAUUAGUGAUUUCUUCUAGAAUAACCCCAAGGAAUUAUGGAUUUUCUCUUUUACCACUCUGCCAAAAAAUGGGAGGAAGGUUUAAUUGAAUUUAACAGUCAAUUUUACUGUUUUUAUUUUGCUGUUCUUCAUUUUUUUAAAAAGUCAUAUUAAAUUGCUGUUGUUAGUCAUCUGAAUUCUGCUAAAGAAACAGAGUGGGGAGUAAAUGUUUUAAAUAAUGAAUUAAAAGAAAUUUCCGCCAGUGUGGCACUUUGUGAACCAACCAAAUGGAUUAAAAAAUCAACUCCUUUCUCCCUAUAACCAUAUUCCGAUUUUUGUUUUCAGUCUCUGUAAAGGGAGCCUCCCUACUGAAAGAACCUCAGGAAUUCUGGCUCAGUUCACACAAAACAAUCCCUGUACCAAUGAUGAGAAUAACCGGAACCUUUCAGCAUAAAUGUGAUCCCAGCCAGAACAUUUCUUCCAUCAAAAUUCCUCUCAGCCAGGAUUUAUUUCUGCUGCUUUUGCAGCCCACCAAUAACAGUGACCUGGCCAGUGUUGAAAAUCAAUAUUCCAUGAAGGUUCUUUCCAACGAAUGGCUGGUGGGACUGUCCCCAAGGUAUACUUUGUUUAUGCAACAUUACAUAUUUGUGGGACCAGCAACAGUCAGGGGGGAUAGCUGUCUCUUUUCACUUAGAUCCAGUUGCCAGAGAACUGGUAAUGACAGAGUUUCUCCAAGUUAAACUCAGCCACCUCAGUCCAAAUAGUAAUACCUGUCAUUGACAACAACAUUUAAAUCUUGAUCAACAGGUAUUUAGAAAUGCCAGCAAAGAGUAUUUGCACCCUCUGCCUUUAAAAAAAUAAAUAACAGGGCUGUCUAAUUUUCUCCUUUCUACUCCUAAAUCUGUUUUAUAAUCUCACUUAUUAUCUCUGUAUGCUAAGCCAAGGAGAGGUCUGGUGAAGGUAAGAGCUCCCUUUUUCUUUACUUUGUUAAAAGAAAGAGGGGAAAGGGACCGAUGCAUGCCCUCCCUUAUUUUGUGCUGGGCAUCCGUGGGGGAUUAAGUAUCCUCACAGGGGCCCAGAACAAAAUAAGAUCUAUUUCCCCUGAUACUUAGGUGGAUGUUAUGAGCAUACUAUGAGAGAGGGCAGACAUAGGAAUCAUCUCUGUUCUGCCUCUUACUCAAAUUUCAAAGGGUUUCCAUGAGAGUGUUUUGCCCAAGAGCAGGGUGUUGCUAGAAAUAGAUGCAUGGGCCCCAAAUCAUUUUCUAAAGUGCCCUGAAUGGGUAGAUUUUGACUUUGGAAGAAAAUGGAUUGGGGGUGAUCUGAGUUGUUGGGUGGGAUAUUUAUCUGGGGAAGUAAGGUGAUUUUUUAAAAAAUUCACCAUAUUUGUGUCCAUCUUAUACCCAAAGUUCUCAGGGUGCCUUACAUAGUAAACACAUAUUAAAAAAUAUAUAAGGGCAAUAACCAAAACGUGAUCACACCAAACUUUCCCCCAAGAAGACGUAUUUUUUAUUGCUUGUCAUAAUUCUAUUACAUUAUUUUGUCUAAAGAUGAUUUGGGAGGUAAUGACUAGGGUAAUUAAAUUGAUGGAAAUUAAUUGGAAGUACAGUAAAUGGAUUGGAGAGGAGCUGAUUUAGGACCCAGCUAUAUUAGUCAAGAAAAAGUGUUUUAUGUGUUAUAACACUGUGACACCAGAAGGCGCUGUGGAGUCCUGUCUUUUGCCAAUGUGAUUUCCCAUAAUGAGGUUUACAACACGUUUUCCUGAAACACUUUUUUGAUGCGUCUAGAUCCAGCCUUGUGCUCACUUGGGGUGUGGUGCAAAUUGAAGACUUGACCUGGGGGUGACUUCAGUGGGGAUUUAGCUGGCUUGCCUUGUCACCUUUGACAUUUCUAAAUUUGCACAUCCAUCGGGGCAGCCUGUCCUAUUUCGCCUAGGCAAAACAGGAAGUCCCCCCCCCCGGGCAAAGUCUGUCUCACUGGGGUUGCAUGGUGGUGCCAGCAGCUUCCAGUGAGAUCUUGUGACAUCUCACAGAACUCUCAAGACAGCUUGUGCCAGCUCUGCAAGAUCUCACUGGAAGCUUCUGCGAGUCCUUCUCUGGUGUCAGAGGUGGGCAAGGCACCUACAGGGACACUGCCCUGUGAGAUUCUGCCGCCUGAGGCUGGUGCCUCAGUCUGCCUCAUGGGCAGGCCGGCCCUGAUCUCCACAUACACAAAUUUGCUAAUAUAUUUUCCUCUCUUUCUCCCUUCUUGUAUCUUCUUCAGACAAAUCCAGCUGACUUUGCCAAAGGUGUGCUUGGAAAGCACAUAUGAUAUACAGGAACUCCUUGGCAAAAUGCCCCUGUCUUACCUGCUUGGAAAUAAAGCCAACCUCACACGACUAAGUGACAACAACAUAACUGUUGGGAAGGUAGGGUCUAUUUUCUACGCAAAAGCGCAGGCGCUUUCCAUCUUCCACACAGAGACAAAGUCCAUGUAAACAACAGAAUAGAGAGCAGGCUAGUUGUUGUAGAGAGCAAAAUCUGUAGUGGGCGAAAGAUGAACAUUUGGAGCAGAUGCCAGGAAGGCAUGGGACCAAAGACAACGCUAUGAGAGGACAAGGGCUCGAGGAAUCAGAGGACAAAGGGGGGGGGGAUAAGACGUUACAUACAGAUGAAUGAUUUUAAAAAUGAAAAGAAGCCUCAAAAGACUGCAGUGUUGAGUGAAAGGGAGGACGAAGAGAGGAGAAAAAAGGGUUCUUAGCCUUUUUCCAGCAAGAAAUUGUGUUUACUGUUAGGCAAUUUUAGACUCUGGACUCACUGAGCAGUUGACUUUUUAGAUAGUAAUGUGUUAUUACUGCUCUUAAAAAUAUGUUAAGCCAGUACAGCUGCAUUCUGGGCCAUCCAGAUAAUACUGCUGAAUGGAGCCCUCUGUGUUGUCUCAAACUGUAGCCUAACAGCACUACUGCCCACCAGACAUUUUGGAGAAGGAUGAUGAUGAUGAUUUAUACCCCACCCAUCUGGUUGGGUCUCCCCAGCCACUCUGGGCAUCUUAAAACAUAUCUAAAAACAUAAUAAAUACAUCAGUCUUAAAACAUCGCUAAACACUGUUGCCUUCAGGUGUCUUCUAAAAGUCAGAUAGUUUAUUUCCUUGACAUCUGAAGGGAGGGCAUUCCACAGGGAGGGCGCCACCACCAAGAAGGCCCAGAACCAGCCCCUUCCCAUUUGCUUCUUCCCUUUAGGUUUCCAAAUAUGUAUUUACAUGUAGAAGCAGACUUUUUAGUCUCUGCUGGGGAAAACACUACUAGACCAAGGAACACUUUUAAUGGGAAAUUGGUUGCAGGGAACAUAUUGAGCAUGCCUGCAACUCCAUUCAAAAUGGCAGCCUGCCAAGCAUGCUUUUCACCUUCAAAAACUGUUAUGUCAUCACCACAUAUAUUUAUCCCCGUGUUCAGCCUGUUCCACUUAUAACACUCUCGCCAAAUAAGUUGCUAAGGAGGCUUAUAAUCAGUCAUUUACCCCUCAAAGCAACACUUUAAGAUACUUUAAGUUGUCAAAUAUGGCAGAGUGUUGUUUAUCUACAUAUUUUGAAAUGGAAGGAAAGGAAAAGGCACGUCUGAAAUUCCUUUUCAGGUCCUUCAGCAGAAUGACACCUGCCUUGUAGAGCACGAAGGCCACCAAUAUUAUGCCCGUUUUGUCAGAUGCUACAAACACUAUUUUAAAAGGCUUCUCCAGAAGAUUGUGUUGACUCCCAGGCAGUAUCUGAAUUCUUCUGAGAAAACUGCUUUAAUUAGUUGCAUGUAGCCAUACCACACCACGGUGAUAUUUGGCCAUGUUUAGUGGUCUGUAAAUACUUGAAGGAAAUAAUAUCAGAAAGAACAGUUGUGGAUUCUAUGUUAGCUAUGUGAAUAUGAAGCAAUGACCUAGUCUGGCAUUCUACUGCCUCUUAAUAUAAACCAGGGAUGGGGAACUUAUGACUCUCCAGAUGUCGUUGGAAUCCAGUGCCCAUCGGAAUCAGGCAGCCUGGCCAAUUGUCAGGGAUUAUUAUCUAAAUGUAUGGAGUGAUCACUGAUCAGUAUGGAAAUUUCAGCCAAGAUGGAUUGCUAAUGUGAAGCAUAUUUCUAAUACAGGACCAUACUGUACUGCCCUAGUAAGUCUUUGGGCAAAGCUGCUUCAACAAGUCUUCUGUAAACAUUAUGGGUUGCUUCUUGCUGCAUCCCAUGUCCUUUUGUUUAGCACUUUUCAUACCUUUUUAUUUAUGGGGAUUGCCAUUUGUCAUCUCUUUCUGUCAUACUCCGCUGAGCCAGACUCUCAAAUUCACUGGGCUCCUUUCUGCUUCCAGAUCAUAAACCAGCAGCUUUUGGAGCUCACUCCCAGGACAGCAGAUGAAGCAACAGACCCCACAGCAGGAAGUCAAGACACCGAGGCACUCAAAAUAACACUGGACAAGCCAUUUUUGCUAGCAGUGUAUGAAAUGUCAGGCGCACAGCUUUAUUUUGGCAGAAUAACAAAUCCCCUGAAAGGAACAUAAACUUCCACAAGGGGAGGAGGGAAUGGCUUCCCAGACUUCAUUUGAUCUUUUCCUUGCUUAGCAACUGUUUCUAUAAUCCCACUGAGUCCUAAUUAGAGAUUUUGAAAUGGCAAAACUGAUGUAUCUUUCGAUUAUAAUAUUGAUAAAAUUAUCAAUAGUGUUUAGCAACAUCUUUAUUCCAUUAAGGGGAUAGCGUGAGGGUAGAUCUGUUUACACCAACAUCUAGGGUGCCACACAAAUGCCAUAAUAUUGUACUUUGCCUGUUGCAUGUUAACUUCUCAGUAAGCCAGUCAUCUGUACAGUUCUGCCAAGAAAAGUUCAACAUACUUUUGUACCUGAUUAUCACUUGGUCAGUGGUUGGAUAUUCAUUAACUGGAUUAUCCCAAUGCCUUAUUUACUUGAAUUAAUAAUGCUAUUCUAAUAGAUGUGCCGUUUAAGCAACCCCAGUGAAAAUAUAGUCUUAGGUCAGUUUCUAUCAAAUAAGAAUUGUUGUUUGGAUUUUUUUUAAAGGGAGCAUAAAGAAUAGUUUUCUAUUCUUUUCAGCACUUUUCUUUUUCAUAAUUUCCUGUUCACUUAUCAAGAUUCAUCCCCUAUUGUAGAUGCUAUUUAAUCUCAACAUUUAGUAAGCCAGGUUUUCCUUUUUUAUUAGAUUCACCCCCCUCCCUAAAUCCUCUAGGUUCUCACCAUAAUUAUAUUAGGUGUGUAUCAUAUUGCAGGUUUAAUUUGCAUGCUGGCUUCUCACCUGAGACACCAAAGCAGCUCCAGAGCAAAAAUAAAUAAAUAUUCUGAUUAUCAAGCAAUAUUGAAUCAAAAGGUUGGAAAAGAAGAUACUGCUAGAAGGUAACACAGAUAAGGAAUGAAAAUAAAAGUACUGGUUGAUAUCAGUAUAUUUUGCCAGUGCUUCAUCACCUGUACUAGUUUCCAGCCCAUUUUGGAGCUGAAUUGGUUGUGACCUAUAAAGCCUUAAAUAUAUUGAGGAUAGCAAACCUGAAGAAUUAUUUCUUCCCCUAUAACCUGCCCACAUCUUCACCAGAGACCCUUUUUAGUUUUCCCAUUUUGUGAGGUAAAAGAGAUGGGCAAUGCCCCUCUUUACCCUGGCCUUUGAUAACUGUCAUGACCCACUCUGUUUCUGUGUCUAAUUUGCUUUAAACUGUUUUUAAUAUUGAAAGGGUGUGGAAUAAAUUGAAUACAUAAUACAUAAUAA